CAAUGUUUCAUUUACCCUUGCGCAUGCAUAAAUUAUGAUUUGACAGCUGUCAGAAGCAGUUGCAUUUGAGCACACUGCUGGGAGACUCGUCUACCAGUCCGCAAGCUGUGACCAAGACGUUGUACUUUUUGGUUCUCGAUAUGCUCACGGUUAGAAGGCUAGAGUUAGCGCAUAUCGCCAGGAGCAGAAACAGACCUGAUGGAUGAACACUCUGUGGGUGCUCUGCAAUAUGGGCAUUUGGGGAAACCAACGUACAAUUCAGAAGCUCACACAUGGGUCUUUUCACGAACAUUAGCUCCAUCUUCAUGUAUCUCUUACUCCGGAGUGACCAAAAUCACGGUUCAAUCGUCCCUCACUGCACUGCAGUCUUCCUCAACCGAGAAUAAGGGCUUUUUGCCUCGCGUCUACCCCCAGCUUGCAGCUUGCUGGCCUCUAGUCGACAACGAAACCGUCUCUCAUGCUAUCACUGGCUGCGACAUAUGUGAUCCUUCAGUUUCUACGCUUUUUGAUCUAGGAUAUGCGGUCGAUCUCGAAAACAACGAUUCGGGGAGCCGAGUUAUACCUAUCGCCGUCAUAGCAUCCGGAGAGUGCGGGAACACUAUCAGCUUUCGAAAAAUCGAAGAUGAUGUUGUCGAACUCCGACGGAAGACGACUUCCUGGGCGCGUGUUCCUGCAAUUGGGCAGACGGAGACCGUUGAGUGGUCGGCGGGAGGGGCUCCUGUCCGUCAAAUCUGCUUUGCGCGGACGGUUGAAGAUAAUGCGACGUGGAUGGCAGCUCGUUUGCCCCGCUCGACUACCAUCUUCCGACCACAGUAUCACCGAACGCCAGUGCCUGUCAUAGGAUUGCAUGGCAGUGACCACCCAUUUCCCGACCGUUCUUUUAAGUCUCGCCUGGAUGCGAACCCAUUGGUGGAGAUACCAAUCCAGCGGACCGGAGGCUUUGCGCAUGCGGACGUGACUUUCAACCCCUGGUAUCAGAAGCAGUUGGCUAUUGUUGAUGAACGAGGUCAUUGGAGUGUUUGGGAGCUUUCCGGCCGACACAGGCGCAACAAGGGUAAUUGGACAGCUAUAUCCGUCAAUUCUGGCUCAUUGCCGUGGCUCGAUCUUGGAGACGGCCAAGACAUCGACGACCACACUCGUCAUGAUGGAUGGGCAGCCAUCGAAUGGGUUGGUGAUGUUAACAGCUUUGUCGUCUCUGAUAGACGCUGCCCAAUGCUCUAUCGUAUGGAAAGCGGCGAGGUCUUUCCAUAUACAAUUGAGCUUGGCCUUAAGCGAAGAUCGGAGUGGAUUCUGGACAUCAAGAGAAGUUCUGCCAACGUGUCGCAUGUUUUCAUCUUGACGACAACUCGAAUUUUCUGGCUGGAUUUAACAUCAUGCCCUGAACCGAGCAGUGCAACAGACAAAGACUCACGACCGCCUCUGCUACCCCGUUUGUCCUGGCGCCAUUUCCGUGAUCCCGAGGACACCACAUUGCGACUGACUCCUCUACUUGUGCGGGAAGACUUUUACCUCGUUCUAUACUCGCGCCUCAACAAUAUUGCGCUAACCUUGCAAUGCCCAUCUUCGUCCCUGGAUGAAGCGGAUGUGACAACGAUACCAGACCCCUAUUUACUGGAGAUCCCGUUGUCAUCUCCUGAUACUGAAGGCUCACGACACUCCAACACGCAGCUGACAACACUGGUCUUCAAGGAAAUUACGCAUUUGCCAUCGUCAGUCGGUAAACAAUAUCACGACCCACAUGUUAGACUCAUAAAGCUUUUUGCGGUAGACUCAGGUCUUACUGUCCACGAAUCAAUUUACACGGCACCCUCCCGUGAUGACUCUCGGGAUGAUGAACCAGCCGCACGAGAUGUCUUACGAGUGAAGAAAAGGCAUCAAGGAGUGCAAAGGUUGCAGUCGGCUUACUUCGAAGAUCGAUUCGUAGUAGAGGACUGCGAGGAAUCCAUGCUGGGAAGCGGUAUGCUCACAACCGCAGACACGGGGAUGUCUAGCAUAACGCCACUUGCAAUCCCUGAAUGGUCUCUCGACUACACCCAAGUCUAUGCUGCUGCUACUGGAAGGUUAACGCUGUCAUCAAGAGAUGACGACCUAGGUAAUCAAAUCUUUCAAAGGAGUUUUGAGGAGGCUAUGCAAGUGCUAAGCGAAAUGGCCACUGGUGCCGGGGUGGGCAACGACCAGACAUGUCGUACAGGUCUCGAGGCCCUUGGCAGUAGUCCAUUACUUGACAGUGUCGAACAGAACUCGCGGAGUCUCCAGGAAUUUCUCUCCAGCAACCAGUCAGCUCUCUUAGAUUGGAAGGUUGACCGCCAACUGUCCGGCCAUUCUAGUCCACUUCUCGUUCGAUCGGCGGAUUUCAUAUACGAGGUUUCGGGAUUGGACCUUCCUGCAAUCUAUGAUCUGCUUACCAAUAACUGGCUGGCUGGCCUGCCUCACGAACUUCCUGGGCGCACAAGAUUCACGAAAGAGAAGAUCAUCCGUGGAGUUGUCGCUGAUCUGAUUUUGGCUCAAAUACGCAUAAGAGUUCGGACGCUCUUCGGGAUUGAUGAAUCUGAUGACAGCAGGCGGAUAAGCCCAGGGGAUAUUCCAUCAUCAUCGAUGAUUUCGGCUGAUGACCCCUUUAAUGUAAGUGCGAGGCGGGUGUUUCAGCGAUCGGCCUGGACAGGCAACGGUAGCUUGGAUGAUCUAGGCAGCGGCACGGCACCGGGAAGCACUCUUGGUCGCGAGGAAGUUGAAGCUGAGAGUCUGCAGGACAUGGAACCUACAUAUGCCAGCCUUUCAGCAUAUACUACCUUUAGUCGCGAGCGGAAUAUGCCUCGAAAAGUGGCGAGCAUGUUGGGCCAUUGGCAACCAGGUGCCGACCCGGCUGGGUACAACUGGCAGAGGGCAAUGCAGCUUCAGGGAACCGAGGAGUCGCAAUCAGCAUCUAAGGCAGCGACACCGAAACGUCGUCAACGCAAGAAGACGCCAUCAACCCAAGGAACUACCACUGUGACUAAUGGGAAUGUAUCCGUACCAGCUCUAGCCCCGAUGACUUCUGUUACUCCUGAUGUGCGGGGGUGGGGAAGUCAACCAGAGCACAAUGAGGCGCCUGUUCUCAGACUGCAAAGUAGUCAAGUUAUCGAGGACGAUGUUCCGAUGACACAGAUCGAGCGGGGCGCAUUUGGUGGCCGAGAAGCUGGGCGAAAGAAUGUAAUGAAGGCACGCAAAAAGAAGCGCGCGGCCGGUUUUUAAAGCAGCCUUGUUCGGUUAUUCAUCCAGAUUUUUUGAACCUGAGAAGCCCUUUGAAAUAACUGGAAGAUUAGCAUUCAAAGAUAUUCCGAAUAGAUUAGAU